AUGAACUUGAAUCUUGCAGGAGAAGGCUUCUGCGGCGGCCAGGCCAGGUGUCGAGAGCUCGAGGCCCUCUUGAAGGAGCAGGAGGCAGCCCUGGCAGAGAGCCGCAGGGAGGCCGCCCAGGCCAAGGAGGAGGCGGGCGGCCGGGCGGCCGGGCCGUGCGCUGCGGAGCAUCAGCGCACAGAAAUGGAAGCUUUGCAAGCCAGGUGCCAAGGCCUAGAGAAGAGUCAGGAGGUGCGAAAGGUGGGCUGGGAGCUCGUCGCCAAGAAAGACCUCGAAACGGAUGCCAAGGAGCCUCGGCCCGCCACCUCGCAGUCCGUGAACUCCGGGACCUUGGUCAGCUUUGAGUCCGCGGCUUCCCAGGCCUCGCUGAUCUACUGCUCCAGCGCCAACUCCCUCAGGUCCGUGGCCGAGUGGGUCUUCCCCUUGCAGAACCGGAUCCUGCCCCCAGAGAAAACCUAUGAUCGGCAGCUCCUCGCCCCGAGCGAUCCCAGGCGGCAGUGGCUGGAGGAGUACAUCCAAGGCUCCCUGAUGUCCCACCGAAAGAUGUACGACUCGGAAGAGUGGUGCUCGCCACCACAGAUCGAGAUCAUACGGAUCUCUGAAGUCUUCAAUCCCAUCGUCAAUAACGCUUACUACCAGCAGCUCUCGCAGAUGCAGGAGGUUUGGGGAACGGAUCGCCAGCCGCUGCCAGAGAUGUCUCGCGCGAUUCCCAUACGAACGGCGUGGGACCGGAACCGGAUGAACGAGGUGCUGCUCUUUCACGGAUGCAAGUGGGACUCGCUCUUCGGCAUCCUGCGCCUGGGCCUCGGCACACAGAAACGGCGAGCCGCCGAGCCGGCCGCAGACCGCCAAACCCCUUUAGCGCUCUUAGGUGGCAUCAACACCGGAGCUGCCUUUGGCAUCGGCUGCUACUUCACCACGGUGGCCUCCAAGGCGGACGCCUACACCGAGCGCUGGGAGGAGUGGGAAGGGCGGCCGAACUGUGAGAUCCCGGCAGACCUGCGCUGCUUGCUCGUCGCAAGGGUUGCGCUGGGCGAGAUCUCCGAGCUGCGGGACGCGGACGCCUCGCUCCGGCGGCCCCCGUGUAGCACUGCCGAGGUGCGCUGCGACUCCGUCCUCGGUGUGCCCAGAGCCCGGGGCGGCUGCGUGGACUACGACGAGUUCGUCAUCUACAAGCAGGCCCAAGCCACGCCUCAGUUCAUCGUGGAUUACAAGCACCUUGAUUGCUGCACCUGCCGCAGUUGCAUGCGGGAAGCCAUUGCCUAG